UGGCCGCCGCCCCCCGCUGGCCGACGCUGGCGGCGUAAGGCGCGCGGGCCCCGGAGCGGGCGCGGCGGAGCGCGGCGAGCCCGGCGCUUCCCGCCCCGAACAUGCGGAGGCCGGUCCAGGCGGCGCGGGAGCCGGAGCGGGGGCCCGAGCGGGCGCCGGAGCCGAAGCGCGAGCGGGCGCGGGGCCCGGAGAGGGGGUCCUCGCCGCGCUGCUGAGCCGGGGCCGGCCGCCCAGACGCUGCCCACGGGCCCGGCCACAGCGGAGCCAAGCUGUGAACCGUGAGCUUUGAGCAGUGGGACCUGUCAGCAGGAUGUCUUCCGCCCCCGAGAGCGACCCCGAGGCCACCAAGAUGAGCACCGCGGCCUGGCCGGCCCAAGCGCCUGCGUCUCAGUAGCCGGGAGCUGCGGGCCCUGCCCGCCCGCCCGCCGCCGGGAUGUUCUAGCCUCAGAGGAGCCAGGACCUCAGGUUUCCACAGACUUGGGAUUUGCACGGCAGCAGAGUCACCGUGGAGAGGCCAGGGUAUCACAAACUUAUGGAUUUUGACAAGAAAGGAGGGAAAGGGGAGACGGAGGAGGGCCGGAGAAUGUCCAAGGCCGGCGGGGGCCGGAGCAGCCACGGCGUCCGGAGCUCGGGGGCCAGCUCGGGGGUCCUGAUGGUGGGCCCCAACUUCCGCGUUGGCAAGAAGAUCGGCUGUGGCAACUUCGGGGAGCUCCGCCUAGGAAAGAAUCUCUAUACAAAUGAAUACGUGGCUAUCAAAUUGGAGCCAAUCAAGUCCCGGGCCCCACAGCUGCACCUGGAGUACCGGUUCUACAAGCAGCUCAGUGCCACAGAGGGCGUCCCUCAGGUCUACUACUUUGGCCCGUGCGGGAAGUACAACGCCAUGGUGCUGGAGCUGCUGGGGCCCAGCCUGGAGGACCUGUUCGACCUGUGCGACCGGACCUUCACGCUCAAGACGGUGCUGAUGAUCGCCAUCCAGCUGAUCACGCGCAUGGAGUACGUGCACACCAAGAGCCUCAUCUACCGGGACGUGAAGCCCGAGAACUUCCUGGUGGGCCGCCCGGGGACCAAGCGGCAGCACGCCAUCCACAUCAUCGACUUCGGGCUGGCCAAGGAGUACAUCGACCCCGAGACCAAGAAGCACAUCCCGUACCGCGAGCACAAGAGCCUGACGGGCACGGCGCGCUACAUGAGCAUCAACACGCACCUGGGCAAGGAGCAGAGCCGCCGCGAUGACCUGGAGGCGCUGGGCCACAUGUUCAUGUACUUCCUGCGCGGCAGCCUCCCCUGGCAGGGGCUCAAGGCUGACACGCUCAAGGAGCGGUACCAGAAGAUCGGGGACACCAAACGCGCCACGCCCAUUGAGGUGCUCUGCGAGAACUUCCCAGAGGAGAUGGCCACGUACCUGCGCUACGUGCGGCGCCUGGACUUCUUUGAGAAGCCUGACUAUGACUACCUGCGCAAGCUCUUUACCGACCUCUUCGACCGCAGUGGCUUCGUGUUCGACUAUGAGUACGACUGGGCCGGGAAGCCCCUGCCGACCCCCAUCGGCACCGUCCACACCGACCUGCCCUCGCAGGCUCAGCUCCGGGACAAAGCCCAGCCACACAGCAAAAACCAGGCGCUGAACUCCACCAACGGGGAGCUGAACGCUGACGACCCCACGGCGGGCCACUCGAACGCCCCCAUCACAGCGCCUGCAGAGGUGGAGGUCGCCGAUGAAACCAAAUGCUGCUGCUUC